UACACAGACAGCAAAGGAGAAGACGACUCUCUCUCUCUCUCUCUCUCUCUCACAAACCUCUGCUUAUAAGUAAGGCAUCACUUUUCUUCUCUCUCCCCGGCACAGAGAGGUUGAGAUUUCCAAAACCCAACUUUUCUUAAGCUUUGAUUGGCUUUUCCUUUUCUGAAGAUUUACUGCUCUCGAGUGUUGGUGCCACCAUGGCGGCUGCCGGAAGACUUUUUGGUGUUAUGAUUGUGGCGGUCUUCGCCCUCAUUUCCGGCCAUGUUUCUGCAGAUCCGGAGAUGCUCCAAGACGUCUGUGUCGCCGAUCUCACCUCCGCUGUGAAGGUGAAUGGAUUUGUGUGCAAGUCGAGCUUCAACGCGGCGGAUUUCUUCUCCAGCGUGCUGGCGAAGCCCGGCGACACAAACAACUCGCAGGGGUCGAAGGUGACGGCGGCGAACGUCGAGAAAGUCCCGGGCCUGAACACGCUUGGCGUCUCGAUCUCCCGCAUCGACUACGCCCCCGGCGGCCUGAAUCCGCCGCACACCCACCCACGCGCCACCGAGAUGGUCUUCGUCCUCGACGGCGAACUGGACGUCGGCUUCAUCACCACCGCCAAUGUGCUCGUCUCCAAGACCAUCAAGAAAGGCGACGUCUUUGUGUUCCCCAGGGGCUUGGUCCACUUCCAGAAGAACAACGGCAAGGUCUCCGCCGCCGUCAUCUCCGCCUUCAACAGCCAGCUGCCCGGGACCCAGAGCAUCGCCACCACGCUGUUCGCGGCGACGCCGACUGUCCCCGACAAUGUGCUGACCAAGGCCUUCCAGAUCGGCACCAAGCAGGUUGAGAAGAUCAAGUCCCGGCUUGCGCCCAAGAGCUAGGCAUUGAAUUGAAGCAAGCAAAGUUCCAAAUUUCAUGGUGAAUCAAAAGAACAAAUAAAUAAAAAAAAAAAAAACGAGUCUUGUAUUCAAUUUCAAUGUGUUGUCAGUCUCCUGUUGUUUCAUAUAUUAAUGUCACCCACAAAUAAGAUUUCACACGUUUUCAAUUUCAACAA